AUGGUUCAGAAGCCGGAUGUUCUGCUCAUUGACUCGACAGUCCAGGCUGUAGAUGUUGAGCGCCGACAAGCACUGUCGGAGAAAUUCAACCUCAUCUAUUACGAUUGCAAUUCCACAGCAGAGUUUAUUGAGCGAUUACACGGCCCUUGGUCCAACAUUGUUGCUAUUUCACGAAAUGGAUGGCUGAAGGCGGGUCCGCUGGCCGAGCAGAGGCCAUUCGCAAGCGAUGUUGUGCCACAUUUUCCGACCUCUCUAAAGAUCAUCUGCUGUAGUGGUCACGGCCAUGAUGCAGCCGAUGUACAGGCCAUCACGGCCAAGGGAAUCUGGUACUGCAAUACUCCCGAUUCCUGCACCGAAGCAGUAGCCAAUACGGCGCUCUCGUUGGUGCUAGAUUCUUUCCGGUAUCUGACCUAUGCACAGUGGUGCGCGAGAUACGACUGGUUGGCAAGCCGAGAUUUGGGCAUGAAGGCGGUUGAUCCCUGCGGGAAAACUUUGGGAAUCGUCGGCCUGGGAGACAUCGGCAUCGCAAUUGCGCGAAAAUGUGAGGCGGCAUUGUCGAUGCACAUCCAUUAUCAGGGACCGCGACGGAAGCAGGUGCCUUGGACAUAUCACGCGAACUUGGAAGAAAUGAUCAUGGCAGUUGAUUGUAUACUCAUCGCCGCACCGUAUACGAAGGAGACACACCAUUUACUGGAUCAGAGAAGAUUGUCGCUGAAGCCCGGGCUCCGGGUUGUGAAUAUUGCACGGGGAAAGAUGAUCGACGAAGAGGCUCUCCUUGCAGCACUUGAUGACGGGAGGGUGGCCGGAGCUGGGCUAGACGUUCAUGAGAAUGAGCCUGGCAUCAAUCCGAAGCUGAAGGAGAACUGGCGGGUGGCUGUACUGCCUCACAUUGGGGUCUGUUCGAUGACAAGCUGGGAGAACUUUGAGAAGACAAACCUGGAUAACUUGAUGGCAUAUUUCGCCACCGGGAAGCCACUGACACCGGUGAACAACAUAGAAUAG